CACUAUUUAUUCUGCGUUAAUUCCCUGGAGCCACACACCAUUUUCACUCAUUCUUCUUUCUCCAAUUCACCAUCUCUUCUUCUUCUUCUUCUUCUUCGUAAGAUCAUUCAAUAAUGGCUCAAUUACUAUCUCCGGUUUGCACAGAUCCAAUUAAAUUUCAAAACGGAAUGAGCAGCUUGUAUCCACCAAGCAACAGAUCGUCGAUGUUGGCGACCAACAACAGUAUAAGGUGGAAUGGAAUCGGCCAUGGCGAGGGAAGAAGAAGAAGAUUUAGCAGAGUUAAAGUCGCCACUGAUUCGUCGCGGUAUUCAUCGGAUGCUGUUGCUGAUGAUUACUAUGCUGUCUUAGGACUGCUUCCAGAUGCAACUCCAGAGCAAAUCAAGAAAGCCUAUUAUAAUUGCAUGAAAUCAUGUCACCCUGACUUGAGUGGCAAUAAUCCAGACACUACAAACUUUUGCAUCUUCAUUAAUGAGAUUUAUGAGGUUCUCAGCGAUCCAGCUCAGCGAAUGGUAUAUGAUGAAAUCCAUGGAUAUGCUUUGACUGCAAUAAAUCCGUUUUUUGAUGAUUCCUCUCCUAAGGAUCAUGUAUUUGUUGAUGAGUUUAGCUGUAUAGGCUGCAAAAAUUGUGCCAAUGUUUGCUCAGACGUGUUCAUGAUAGAGGAGGAUUUUGGUAGAGCUAGAGCAUGUAAUCAGCAAGGAAGCACUGACUUAGUUCAACAAGCUAUUGAUAGCUGCCCUGUUGAUUGCAUCCAUUGGACUUCUGCUGCACAAGUAUCUUUGCUUGAAGAUGAAAUGCGGAGGGUAGAAAGAGUCAAUGUUGCCCUCAUGCUUGCAGGGAUGGGUUCAUCUGCAGAUGUUUUUAGAAUGGCAAGCAGUCGAUGGGAAAAGAGACAAAACAAAGUUCUGGAGCAAGCUAGAGUAAGAAUGAUGAAAUCGAAAGAUUCAAAUGACAAAUCUGACCCUUAUUGGAGCAACCUUUGGGGCAAUGGUAAAACCCGUGGUCAAAAUCAAAGUACAGAUGAGGAGGUGAAAGAGAGAGCAAGAAGAGCGGCUGCAGCUGCAAGAAGAUGGAGAGAGUAUUCGAGACGGGGUGUUGACAAACCAGCCACCUAUAAGCUUCCAUCACAGUCCCAGUCUGAAAAUUAAAUGAACAAGACUCUUCUUUAUAACAUAUGUUAUAAAAAAAUCAUGAGAAUGCUUUCUUUCACUUGUAUAUGCAUUUCAUGUCUCUCUCAUGAUAUAUAUAAUUUGGAUGUAUAUAAUAGUUGUAUAGAUAAAUGAAAACAUAUGUCUUCCACCUCUUUGGGUUGGACGAAAAAAUUGCAUUUGUUGUCUUUGUGUCUUGUUCUGUGAUAUGCAUAACAAUUAAGACCCUAAUAUGAUCUGAAUAU